AAUACCACAGAACACUUGCAUUGCUCUAAACAACGUCUCUCUCGCCUCAGAUCUCUAGAAUGUCGAGCGUUAACUUGGUAGUGAUGGUGGUUGGGCUGCUGGUUUUGGCUCAGCAGUCCUUCCAGAUGAGUUUGAGAAACCCUGUUGCUGAGACAAACAAUUGCAAAAUUGAUUUCACUCGUUUAGGGCUUGUCUUAACUUCUGAUACCAACGAGAAGGCCCUACAAGACUCUGGUCUCUUCACACCUGAUGCUGAAACGCCUUAUGUUGACAUUGCGGGGAGAAGGUUCCACAUUGGGACACUUAAUGCUCGUUAUAUUGUAUAUGUUAAGAUCGGGGGAAAUUCUGUAAAUGCUGCCAUUGCUGUGCAAAUCCUCUUGAAUAGAUUCCGUAUUCACGGAAUUAUUCACUUUGGUAGUGCUGGGAGCCUUGAUAAAACAAGUAUAGUGCCAGGUGAUGUUUCCGAGUUUGCCUAC